UCAAGCUUCCAUCUCCGCCAUUUCAUGCUCUAUAUAUAUAUAAUCCAAAAGCAUUUUCUUGAGAAUCACACAAAAUUAUUACAGCCGGAGUUUAAUUAAUUACGAUCCAAGAAAAAUGGAAGAGCCAUGCAACAGUGCCGCCGGGCACUCACCGGCGGGGGGAGUGUACAAAGGGGUGAGGAGGCGGAAAUGGGGGAAAUGGGUGUCGGAGAUUCGGGAGCCGGGGACGAAGACGAGGAUAUGGCUGGGGAGCUACGACACGCCGGAGAUGGCGGCGGCCGCCUACGACGUGGCGGCGUUUCACUUCAAGGGUUUCGCCGGCGUGCGCCUCAACUUCCCGGACUUGGUGGAGGGUUUCCCUAAGCCCGCGAGUUCCCGCGCCGAGGACGUCAGGCUGGCCGCCCAGGAGGCGGCAAUGCGGUUCAAGAGGCCGCCUGCCACGGCGGCGGCGGAGACACCGUCCGGGAGCGGUGGUCAGGCGGCGGCGGGGUUGAGUUCGGUUAGGGUGGGGUUAUCGAAAAGUCAGAUUGAGGCAAUAAACGAGACGCCAAUGGACUCGCCUAGUGCGAUAUGGAUGGAAUUAGGAACAUCAAUAGAGGAUUUAGAAGGGGAUUGGGUAGAAAUGCACACUGAUUCCAUUUGGGAUUCUUAGAAUCCCGGGUCAAGAUUAAAUUAAAUGACAAUU